AUGCAAUUUACACUUAACUACAUCCAGAACAAACCCGCUGCAAUUGGCAAAGCCGUCGAGCAAAUUAAGGCGGAGCUUCAAGAGCUUAGACAGAAGUUGAAGAAUGAAAAACCUGAUGAGAAGAAUGAUGUCAUCAACGCUUUGAGUAAUUUAAAUACUGCAGGUCUUGGUAAGAAUACCUGGACACCGAACGGUCAACCUCUCAGUGGUCUUGGGAAAAUCGAGAGUGAGCUUAAUACUGAAAUUGUAAAGUUGCCGCAGGAAACAAAAAAAAUCACCGAGGCCGUAAACGCAAUAGGCGCUGAGAUUAUAAGGAUAGGAUUUCGGUUAAAUUCAUUUGUGACCUAUGAUGACGUUGUGGAUCAGAUGACAAGGUUAGCAAAGCAUCUUGGUACAUAUAAGGGUAAAUAUGGAAGAAAUUACACUGUCAACCUUAAAAGCAUUCAGGAGGCAAUUAGACAACUGCAAAGCAACGAUUUUACUAAUAAACCCAGAGAAAUCAAUGACGCCAACGACCUUAUUAAACAAGAACUCACUGCCCUUCAAGGUGAGUUGCAAGGCACCAAGGACAAGGAUGUCAUAAAGUCACUGGAGGAUCUGAGGGACACUGGACUUGGCGGCGGUGACUGGAAAAAAGAACACAAUGAAAAAGGCCUCGCAAAAAUAAAUGGUGAACUUAACACUCAACAAACUACGUUGUCCACUCAGCCCACUGCAAUCGGCGGUGGCGUCACCCUGAUCACCAAUGAGCUUAAAAGGCUUCAGACGCAGUUGAACGAUGAAGUCACCGAGAAGGUCAAGAAGAUAAAACAGCAUGGCCUUAAUAACGGCGGAAACAACUGGACGGAAGACAAAGCAAAUGUAAAUGGCAUCCAAAAAAUCACCACAGACAUCGAGGCCAUAAAAACAGAGAACGUUACCGAAGUGAAGGACAAACUCAAGGAGCUGUGCACGGCGAUACGGACGGAAGCCAACGAGUUAAGCAGAGACUUAAAGCGUAUGAAAGGUGACAGCCUAGAAGAGUUGACUGGCAUCAAAAACAAACUCAGUGAUCUGCUGAGAGAGCAGGUGAGGCCUGUGAUAGCAGAGGUGAGAGGCUUCUUAAGAUUCCUCGACAACGGCAAGGCGCAACUCAUCAGAGACCUCACACAAUUCGUCAACCAGGAGAUCAAGGCAGCCGAAGAGACAUUGAUCAGGGAGGCACGCCGGCAAUGUGUCUCCAACAUCAAGGAGGCGCUGGAGGCCUUUGCUUCCAAGGUCCGCGAGGAGCUUCAGGAGUUGCCGAAUGAAAUUAAUAGAGAUCUCUACUUGGGCUACAAGGGUUUAAUAAAAUACAUGUAUGGCCCUUUGAGUUCCGAUUUCACGGGCCGUGAAGAGAGCGUUCCGCAAUUAUCCUCUGCGUUCCGGGAGCUUUAUGAGCAAGUACAGACGUAUCUCCUGGGGGAGAUAGGAAGAGAGGCCGACGAGCAAAACAGGAAGAAAAAUCCUCUGCUCCCGCCGUCCGAGGAGCCGUACAACAGUAAGCUCAACGAGGUGUACGACGCGCUGACCAAGUUGCUCACUUACCUCAAGGACAACGAUACCUUCGACCACAGACUCACGGAGCUGCUCCGCAACCUCACCGACGCGUUGAGUGAACUCAAGCCUGAGAGCUUCGCCAGGCCCUCAAGUCCCCUGCUGGACGGUCUGGCGGAGGGGCUCACAAAGUUCGUCGCCGAGUUCACGUGUGCGUACGUCUCCGCCUACUCGGGCGCACAGUUCACCGCCGACUUGCUCAAACAUGAGACCCUCACCGAGACCGUAAGAUCGCAAGGCACAAAGUCCGUCACCGUCAGAAACGUCAGCAGCCUGACGCCAUACGGCGCCAUGUGCGCCAAGGUCUUCCUCACCCUGCUGCCGACACUGUGCGAUGCCUUCACCAGGCUGGCGGAGCAGUGCGGCAAAGGCGGCAAGUGGAGGGACUUGCAUAUUAAUUCAAGCAGUCAACUCGGCACUUUCCUCCAGCGCUGCGGCUACAAGGUCGCCACCUCUCCCUUUGACCAGGACGGCGAGCUGCGCGACGACUGCAACGGCCGCGACGUGUAUGUCCUGGUCAGCCAGAAGAUUGAGGAGACCUCAGACAACGAACACCUCAAAAAAUGCCUCUCCCUCCAACACCACUGUAACCUCUUAGAUCUCCUUCAGUGCCUCUGCACGCACCUCCAGCAGUACUACAGGACGUGCCACCUCAAGGUGCAUCCCUCACCCCGGCCGCCGUGUUCCAUCUACGAGAUGCUCACAUGGUGCUGCGGGCUUACGUACAACGCCGUGAAUCUUAACGUCAAUUACGAUGCCCUGCCAUCGCUCUUCGAGGCGGACGAGCAGGACUCUGCGGACUCCGACGUGCCCUUGAUGAACCUCAGCAGCCUGGCGCUGAAGGCCCACCCGGAGAGCAUAACACCGGCGUCCCUAUCCGACGCCCUCGCGGAGGUCUGCCACCGGUCGCAUUCAGUGCUCACCACAUUGCUCGGCUACGGCCACGCAGGUGGCAUCUACGCCGUCGACUUCAACACCAACCUGGCAGGCCUGCUGUAUCCCUCUGACGUGGAGGCGCUGCUGUGCCUGCUCUUCGACGUCCUCAGACGCCUCCACCACCAGCUCUAUUUCCUCUACCGCCGGUGCCUCUACAACGCCCGGCACGGCGGAUGGCGCGACUGCUGGUACGGCCGGGGAGUCGGAGGAUCGUCGUGGAGGUGCAACACCAUGCAGUGUGCCAACCAACAGUGUCCUCAUGAGGCCAGCCAAACAGGCAACCAAAUUGCCAACCAAAUAUGCAACCAAGCGUGUGAUCAGCAUCCGAAGUGCGGCGUCAAGUCGCCGCUCCAGUCGUUCCUCGAGGACGGCCUGGUGGGCUUCCUGCCUCACCAGCUGUCGGCAGACGGCACCUGUGUCAAGUGCUCCGGAUGUGACACUGAGUCACCCGGCCUGCCGUGCAAGACGCCCAUGGGCCUCUCCAACAUGCGCAGGCUGGCCUCCCGUGCCUCCACAGGCCGACACAUCAUGGACGUCCUCGGCGCCUUCUGCGGCGGCGCAUCGUCGCCCCUCACCAGGCUGUGCGGCUACCUGAGUUGCCUCCUCACUCGCCCGCCACGGACACCAGACGAACUGUUCGCUUUCUUCUACCAGUUCAUAUGUGACUGGACUCAGAGCGUUGAGCACCGUAAGGCGGCCUUCGAGGACGCCGUCGCCUCAGCCUGCUUCUGGCAGAGCGGAGUGAAACUGGACGUCAGUACAGUCUUCGGCACUAGCAGCCACGGCUCCGAGACGGAAAUGCCUCACCUCACCGGGGACCUCUUCUCAAUCGUCGAGUGCAACGGCAGUCCAGGCUCCGCUCCGUCACUCCCCUGCGGCCCAUACCUCAAGCCCCUCGGCCACGACGUACGCGCCACCUUCGCCAGGGAACACGCCCACCUCUACCUCUCGUGGAUAGUGUACCUGACGGAGACUUUCUACGACUUCCUUCAAGAGCUGCUGCGAGACUGCGAGCGCAACUGCGCCGACGCCACGUCCGUCUGCCACGCCAGGAGCUGCGACAACCAAUGCACAGCCAGGCGACGGCCACUGGCCCCGAGCUCCGAGCACCAUGAUUCAUGCCCCUCCAUCGUGGACUGCGACUCCACCACGCCCACACUCUUCCGCUACGGCUUCGUCCACAGGGACGUCCACAGCCUCGCCGGAUCCACCAGCGGCCACCAAGGCAAGCGCACCUGCGAGGAUUUCUGCAAGACCCUCCAAGUCGCCGUCAAGCACAUGAACCCUCUCCACAGGCUGGCGCACGAGACCAUCCCCGAGUUCCUCUACCGCAUCCGCGCCCCCUUCCUCUACACCAUCACAGCACUCUGGCUCACCGUCACGCUCUACAUCCUCCACUCACUCCUCUACCGCAUGGACGUCCUCCGCAUCCGCUCGCACCUACUCACCACCAGGGCCUCACACCUCAUCGACGUCAAGGCGCUGCUCGCCGGCAGCCGCAGGAUGCUCUCACUCUACAAGGACGUCGACUACUUCGACGAUGACUUUCACUCUUGA